CUUCUUUAUAAAACAUUAUUCAAUUGUCUUUUUCACACGCCAUAGAAGACAAUGAAUAAUGUUUUCUGAAGAAGACCAAUUACUAAAAUAACAAAACCAUGUCGGGCAAGAUGAGUUUUUUCUCAUAGCAUUAACGGCAAAACCAAUUUCUAGAGAUCAGGGUGCAGCAAAUGGAGAAGAAACAGAGGCAUUUUGUGUUGGUCAAUGGAGCGUUCCAUGGAGCAUGGUGCUGGUAUAAGGUGGCAACUCUGCUGAAAUCCGCCGGCCACAAAGUUACAGCUCUGGACCUGGCUGCUUCUGGGGUACAUCCGAAGCAAGUUCAUGAGCUUCAUUCAAUUUCAGACUACUAUGAGCCAUUGAUGGAAUUCAUGGCGUCUCUGCCAGAAGAGGGAAGGGUGAUUCUGGUGGGUCACAGCCUGGGUGGAAUCAGCCUAUCUGCAGCCAUGGAAAGAUUUCCUGAGAAAGUUUCUGUCGCAAUUUUUGCCACAGCUGUUAUGCCAGGCCCUGACUUCAGUUUUGCUUCAAUAGAAGAAGAGUUUACCAGGAAAGGAAUAUUUUCCAAGAUGGAUGGGAAAUAUACAUUUGACAACGGGCCAGACAACCCUCCGACCUCCGUACUCGCCUGGCACAACUACCUUUCAUCAAAUGUAUACCAGCUAUCCCCUCCCGAGGAUUUGAUGCUUGCAACGGUUCUGAUAAGACCAACUGCUCUGUAUGGAGGCAAAAUAUCUCUAGAGCUUACCAAGGAAAGAUAUGGAUCAGUAAGCAGAGUGUACAUUGUGUGCGAUCAAGAUCGUGGGAUACCUGAAAACUUGCAGAGGUGGAUCAUUGAAAACAAUCCACCAGAUGAGGUGAAGCUGGUCUCUGGCUCUGAUCAUAUGGUGAUGUUUUCAAAGCCGAAGGAGCUGUCCUCUUGCCUUCAAGGAAUUGCAGAGAAAUAUUCUUGAAUGCGCUUGUACUCCUUGCUAGUAAUAAAGCAUGCAUCAACUCACUACGUAGACAUGUAUAUGUCCUUUUUGCUUCGUUGUACAGGUUGUUAAGUGCAUAAUGUGUCUGUUUAUGAUGCGGUGGAAUGCAUAUAACUUUCUUUAACACUUGUCUUUAUGUGUAACAGGUGUUAAUCAUGCAUUACUUCUAUAAAUACAUUUUGCUUAUGAAGCUGUGAAUGCAGA